GUUAUACGCUCAAAUGCAAUCAUCACUCAAAUUUUAAGUAUAAUUCGUGUCCAAUAUGUAUGUCAUAUAAGUAGAACGAUCGUUUAAAGCAGCCGAAAGACUAAUAUGAUAAUUAUUAACGAGCAAAAUAUUAUUAUAGACAUUACUGUUGGUUGAAAUGUUUACGGUCAAUUCUUGUCGUAAUAAUACGUCUUUGCAAUUGAACUGCGUGUAUUUAUAUAUAAUAUGUAUAUUGACAUCACGGAGUUAUAAAAAGCGUAUGCAAUUGAAGACAACUGGCCAGUUUAGGUAAGUCAAUCGUAAUUUGUCAACAUGCGAUUCGAAAUAAAUAUUUGUCUUCUAUUGGUAAUGUCAAUUAUUGCCAAGAUAUCCAAUUCAAGUUCGUCUACAACAAACAGUCCACAAAUCAAGGACUUAGAUCGUUUGGUAAUAACAGAUAAUUUGGAAGCCACGAAGAGUUCGGAUUCAACGAUCGGAAGGAUUUCGAAAGUUUUGGAGUGUUUUGUAAAUCCAUCUAACGAAAGCACCAAUACUACGUGGAACGAAUGUCAUGACGUAUUUUCAUCGAUUUGGAUUUCAGCACGACACGUGCUGCUCAGCGACGAUAACGAAAUUGAAGAAAGUAAAAAAUCGAAGAAAAAACAAUGGGACCUACAGACUCUAAUGCUUGGUGCAGGAGUGAAGUUGAUUUUGUUCCUACCAGUUUUGGCAGUCCUGACGGGAAAAGCCAUUUCGCUAAGUUUGACAUCACUGUUGAUCACGUCUUUGGGUUUCCUCUACAGAAACCAAUUAGAAUCGUUUACCAAACGUAGCGAUUUCAUAUGAUAUAUUAAUUAAUUCGAUAAAGGAAUCCAAGUUUGACAUACCACUAUGUUAUAAUAUUGUAAUAUUUACCCCACGAGGGUAAACAUUAUGACAUUAUUCGUUGUAUAAAUACAACAAAAUAGUUAUGUUAACUAUUGUAAAAUUAUUAUAACAUUACUAUGAAUAGGUAUGCAAAAAAUGAAUUUGAUAUGGUUAUAAAGUAUUUAUAAGCCUUAUAUUCAAUUAAAUGUUGAUUGAUUUAAUUUUUCAUCAGGCAAAUGCACCAAUUUUGAGAUCACUCAUACUUCCUGUUAGAAAUAAGUAUUCACCUUUCCUGUGAUAUUUUGGUAUCUACUAUUUAGUGUAAUUCAUUAUUAUUUAUUUUUAGAUUGACUACCUAUGUACUUUUUAGAUUCGCGAUGUAUAAUAUAUCUAUUUAUAUCUUAUAUCUAUAAUAUAAUAUGUACUAACAUUGCGCAGAUAAUAUU